AUGAAGAUACUAUUUUUUAUGAAUAUUAGUACGUUUACACUUUUAACUUGGAUAUAUCAUUUCUAUUAUGAUCUUACACUUAAGAAAUAUUUAAAUAAGAACUGCAUCCCUAGUAGAAUAUUAGUAACAAGAAAUUAUCGAUUACUAGCACACUGUAAGAAGGAUAACUAUUCAAAUAAUUUAGGUUUAAAAGGAGAGCUAUCAAAUUAUGGAGUGAACGAAAAAAAAAAUAUAUAUAACAAUAAUAAGAGGUAUAAAGAAACAAACAAACAGUCAAAUGGUAGUUCAUCAAAGAAUAAGGUAUACUACAAACAUGAUAAUAAAAAAAAAUCUUAUAUAUUUGAAACAAAAAAAUAUUCCCACCUUGAAAAAAAAAUAUUCAAAGAACUUGAUUACAUUGAUUUUCUCAAAAGAAACAGGACUAUUAGUGAUAAAACUUACAAAAAAGUAAUACUUAAAAAAUUCCGAUUACGACUAGCUUUACCUUUAUUUUUUGUGUAUUUUUUGUUAUUGUCACUCUUAUUAGAUUAUAUUUUUAAUUGUGGACUUGUUAAAGGUUUGUUUAAGGUUUUAAUGUGCACUCUUGGUACAAAGUGGGGAAAACCCUUGCGUAGUUGGAUAAUGAAUAACAAUUUAAAGUGGAUAGGUGUAGAUGUAGUAAAUAAUAAAAAAAUGUAUACUAUUUUUAAUAGAUCAUUUUUUAGUAUUAUACUAUAUUUUUUAGUUCCAUUUAUUAUAGGAGUUAUUUUUAUAUUGAUGUUGUUUUAUUACCAUAAGAAGGUUAAAAAAUAUGAAAAAAUUAAAUUUAGGAAAAGGUAA